AAUGCCGUAAAAUAUUGUAUGUAUAAUGCGGCAAGUAAAAACUCGACAAUUUAUGAAAAGGGGUUGAGGAGCCUGGGCCGUGAACGCACCAUAAUGGGCGGGCCUAGUUUUGUAUUUGAACGUAUGGCGGCGAGCGACUUGAAGAGUCGAAACUCGCCGUAGCAAACUGCAUUUUAAUCGAGACACUGCAUAAAUGGACUCAAACGACACAUUAAAGAUAAUCCGAGGGAUGCGUUGAUUCCAACGGAUUAUGCAGUAACCCAACGUCCCGUUUUGGGCGAUCUUCCGGGAUAUUAAGAUGCCUAUUCGCGCAUUUUGCAUAAUUUGCUGCGAUUUAUUCGAUCACUCCAAGGAUGUCGCUGCUAUCAACUGCGGACACACUUUCCACAGUGACUGCCUCCUUCAGUGGUUUAAAACAGCGCCGACAAAAACAUGCCCCCAGUGUCGGAAGCAGGCCAGCACUCGGCACAUUAUCCACAAGCUCUUCUUUGACAUUGGCUCAGAGGAAGCGCGUCCAGUAGAUCCAGAAAGCUUGGAGAAUGAGCUUCAUAGGCUAAGGGCCCUUUUAAGUUUGAAAGAGAGAGACUGUCGGGAAAAACAGAAAACCGUGGAUGAUUUGAAGGACUCUGUGGACAUGCAGAGGAGAGACUUGGACGGCAUGCGGAAAGAGAUUUUCGAGAAGGAUGUGCUGUGUUCUGCUCUCAAGAAACAAAUGACUUAUCUGGAGGCGCAACAUGAUGAUGCUCAGGCUGCCAAGGACGAGGCCCGUAGGCUGAGGACCAAAAUAAAAACCUUUGAAAACAUGGGUGUUUUGUUACAGGGCCAACGAGCUGAGGUGGAGUCAAUGAUUACGGACAUGGGUGUGAGUCAGACCGCUGUGGAGCAGCUCUCAAUCUACUGUAUCUCUCUCAAAAAAGAGUAUGACAAUUUAAAGGCAACCUUGAAGUCUAGUAACGACACGUGCGAGAAACUGCGGAGAGAAGUGCUCACCUCCAACUGCAAGAUGCAAAAAGCCUCGGUGGAAGUCAAUCAAACGAAAGAAGACAUGAAGUCCCUGCAAAACGAUCUCGCCAGUGCGGACCGAGAGAUAUCGAGUUUGAAGAAGAAAGUGGAGUUUCUUCAGAAAUCUCUGAGCACCCCAACAAGGACAAAUGAGGCGCUCAGUCGGCUCGUCUUUGAAAGCCCGGCUCCAAUAGAGCUGAACCAGCCUCACCUCCACCCGCCCGUCGACGGCGAUGAGAUUGAUCUCAACUUAACCUAUGAUGUCACCACACCAGAUGACGCGGCCAAGAGGCCAGUAAAGACGGCAACCAAGAAGAUGCGGUUGGACCGUCAACCGUCAUUAGUUUCCACACACAAUGAGAGGGCCUCCACGUUAAGCAAGGCCCGAGAGGAGGAUGCAGCCAUGGAUCCUUUUUUGAGGAACUCGCUCCUUUUCAGAAAGAAGACUUUUGGUAGCAUGCUGGACCCUCAGAGGAAGCUCGGAGCUGUGAAAAGUGGUUAUGAUGGAUUAGGAGGACGAACCAAAUUUAUCCAACCUUCUCCGUUGGCAGAGAUUCGCCCACUCAUAAAAGCGAGAAGAAAAAAGGUGAGCAGGCCAACGUUGAAGCCGGGACCGUGCCUGACGCUGGAUAGCUUCCUGGAGUGACAAGUCCCAUGACAGCACGGAACAUGAACUGUACUUCACAUGGCAUUUCCCCACCUCCCCAUCCCCAAAUGGGGCUCUUUCUGAACAGUCCCGUGAGGUGUCUAACCACUUUUGUUAGGCAUGUUUUAGUGAAAGCAAAUUUGGGUUUUUGUUUGCGAGUAAACACUCCAAACAUUUUUGUGUGUGAGUGACCGUAUCAAUGAAUGCAUCUGCCCUGCUCAUGUGCUUAAUCAAGAUUAUCAGACAAGCUGUUUCAGUUAACAUUGUGAAACGUUCUCAUUUGAGCUCUUAUUUCAAAUCUUAAGUGUUGUAGUUUAAUUUAUGUUUUACCAAUGGAGAUGUCCCCAUGAACUGGUGACCAACGAACGUCAAUAAUAAACAAUACUUUUAUUAA